GGUUUCAGUAUUUAUACACAAACGAGAAGCCCACACCAUAGAGUCCCAGAAUCAACCAUCUAAUAGAAAACAUUCUUGAAUACGAUGGCUUUCCACGAAAACCCUCUCACGCAGUACACAGUACCACUUACCAUCUCAUUCUUCUGCCUGUUCUUAUUUCUCUUCGUUUUUUCAUCUCUGUCCAGAAAGCCAAAAAACCACAGCGCAGCAACGAGAAAAGCACCACCAGAAGCAAGUGGCACGUGGCCUUUGAUUGGCCACCUCCACCUCUUAGGGGGGUCCAAACCGCCACACGUUACUUUGGGCCACAUGGCCGACAAAUACGGUCCCAUCUUCACCUUGCGUUUGGGAGCUCACAAAACGCUGGUUGUGAGCGAUUGGAAAAUGGCUAAAGAGUGCUUUACCGUCAACGACAGAGCUUUCGCUAGCCGUCCCAAAUCCAUGGCUUUUGAGUUGUUGGGCUACAACUUUUCCAUGGUUGGGUUCAGCCCCUAUGGUUCUUACUGGCGCCAUGUGCGCAAAAUCGCCACGCUGGAGCUCCUCUCUUCGCAUCGCAUAGACACUCUGAAGCACGUGAUGGAUGCCGAAGUGAAAGCAGCAAUGAAGGACAGUUACAAUUUGUGGUUGAAGAAGAAAGACGGAGGUUCCGAAAUGAAGAGGUGGUUUGGGGACAUAACAUUGAACAUUAUGUUCCGAACGGUGGUAGGAAAACGUUUUGCUAGUGACGGCGGUGUGAAUGAAGAGAACGAACGACUCCGAAAGGCAUUGAGGGAGUGGUUUGAUCUGAGCGGUUCCUUCGAAGUUUCUGACUCUCUGCCGUAUCUGAGAUGGUUGGAUUUGGAUUGUAUCGAGAAGAAAAUGAAGAGAACGGCAAAAGAGUUAGAUGGGUUUGUUCAGAAUUGGCUUGAAGAACACAAACGCAACAGAGGUUGUGAUUUAGGUGAAUGGAAACAUAACCAGGACCUCAUGCACGUGCUUCUUGGGCUUGCCGAACAGGGUGAAGAGUUUGACGGUCAUGACCCUGACACCACAAUUAAAGCCACGUGUCUGGCUUUAAUUUUGGCUGGUUCAGAUACUACAACAGGAACAUUGGUAUGGGGUCUCUCGUUACUUCUGAAUAAUCCUGAAAUUCUGAAAAAAGCGAUCCAUGAAUUAGAUACAGAAGUUGGGAGAGAAAGGAUGGUAGAGAUCUCAGAUUUGAAGAAGCUAAAGUAUCUUGAUGCUAUCAUCAAAGAAACACUGCGUUUAUACCCACCAGCCCCUCUUAGUUUGCCACACGAGUCUAUGGAAAAUUGCACAGUGGGUGGAUAUGAUGUAGCAUCUGGAACACGUCUUUUGACUAAUCUUUCAAAACUUCAGAGAGAUCCAUCUUUAUAUCCAAAUCCCCUUGAAUUUUGUCCAGAAAGAUUCUUAACAACACACAAGGAAGUGGACGUGAAGGGUCAACAUUUUGAGCUGAUUCCAUUCGGUGCAGGUAGAAGAAUGUGUCCUGGGAUAUCUUUCAGUCUCCAAGCGACGCAACUCACACUUGCUACCUUAUUGCAUGGGUUUGAUAUUGUAACUAUUGAUGGAGGACCUGUUGAUAUGGCUGAACAGAUUGGCUUUACCAGCAUUAGAGCUUCUCCCCUCCAAGUCAUUCUUUCUCCGCGUCUUACUUCUCAUAUUUAUGAUCAAAUCUAAACGCUAAAUGAUGUUGGAGAGUGGUAGAAUAUAAUAUGCAUGUAAGAAUAAUAAGCUUUACAAGCACAUCAUGCUAGUAAAAGUGUGAAAAGGGUUAAUUUUAGUCGU